AUGGAAUUUUUCUUUGAAGAUUCAACAAUAACUGCGGAUGAAAUUUUUGCUUCACAACAAUUGUUCGAAAUUUUAAAAACAUUUAAAGAUAGUUACUUUAAUGAACUAUAUACUUAUCAAAGUCUUGAUUUUUAUGACGAAUAUGAUGAAGUUUCGAAUGAAGAAAAUAGCGCUGAUGAAAAUGAAUCAAUUGAUCAAGAAGAAAAUAUUGAUGAUUAUGAUGAAAAUCAAUACCUGAACAUUCAGAACAGUUUUACAUUAGACGAGAUGGAAAGCAUAGUGGAAUGGGUUGAUCAACAUCCAAAUUAUAAAUUUGCAUCUAUUAAGCAAAGGUUUCGAAAAGUCAAGUACAUGCAUUACAUUACAAGAUUUAGAGAAUAUAUUAAAGCAAACGGCACAAGAUUAGAAAAAGUAAAAAAAAUCAAACAAUUUAUGUGGAAUGAAUUUUAUAUGAAAAGAGCAAUUCAAAAAGAAGCAAUUCAAAAAGCAAGAGAACUAGAUUGGGAUAAUUUCAAAGCAAGUAAUUCAUUUAUCAAUCUGUUCAAGAAAGAAUAUGGAAUUUCAUCCAGAAGAUAG